AUGCUGUAUUUACUUACGAUACUUUAUCUUAAUACCGGUGUUCUUCUCGCUGUGUCCUUGAUAUGUCCAGCUUUAGCUUUACUGCAACCGGACAUUCAUAUAUUGAACAAUGUGAAUACAAAUACUGACAUCAAAAGAAUAAAGCAAGAUACACCAAUGUACAAACGUCAAACAAAUGUGGAAGAUUCUACCACAAGGAAAGCUACAAAGCGCAAUUCUCUCUCAGAUAGUAUGAAUAAGGCUAACCGGCCUUCAAAACUGCCUAGACUGAACAUUGGGAAAGCGAAUAUGCGUCGUGAUCAUCAGGUACUUAAACCUGUCCCUCGACGCAUUCAUAGUUCAUUAAGCCCAUCUUCGCCAGCUAUGCAAAAAAUCAAUGAACUUAAAGAUCUGAUGGACGCGCCUAUACCAGAACAUUCAGCGGGACAUGCAAUGCAUUUGCAACAUUCACCAUCGACUUGGAGAGUUCAAGAGCUACAUCAUCUUAUCACAGCGCCCCCAAGUCCGGCAGAGCUGAAACAGAGAGAAAGUAGAUCUCACUCGCCCGUUGUGCGUACUAGCACGUACAAGCGUCCAGCUUCACCAACGACAAAGAGAGUAAAUGAAUUGCAUCAUCUGAUUACGUCACCGCCGACCAUGGAAGAGUUGAAAGAGAGAGAAUGUAGAUCGCACUCACCUGCUGAAGGUGUUGGCACGAACCAUGGGGAACCUUUGGCUAAAGCACACCGCUCCAGCUCUGAUGCUAGAUUGUUUUCAGACGAUGUCAUUAGGAGAGGUUCCAGGGGCACCGCAGCAUUUGGGUACAGAACAAAUAGAAACACUAUUGCAUUAGCAGCUGAGACGCUCAUUAAAAAAGAGAAAACUAGAGAUCAUGAUGAAGCUAUCGGCAUGGCAAAACAAAAGCUACUAGACAGGAAAGCAGCAGCACAGGAAAGGAAAGAAGAGUGGCGUAAACUUGCUACAAAUAAUCCAGAGAAAGCUGGUGAAAGGAAACAAAGUGUACCGAAAAACUUAUCUAGAGACAUUUAUGUCCCUGCUCGUGCUUAUCAGUUACAGGCGCACGGCAAAGCAAAAACAUUCGAAGAAGGCAAAAAGAUAGCCAAUGCUGAGCAAGAUAAGAUAGCCGCCGGUGCCAAGAUUAGAGACGGAAGACGUAGAGCAAAACAGGCUCUUAAGAGUCCACGGUAGUAGUUCCAAG